AUGGAAACUCAGAUACUUAAGCCUCACAGUGAUCUUGAUUUUCCACUGAUGAAUCGCUCGCAAGCUCGACGAUUUCUCGUAGCCGAUGGAAAUAAUCGCUUUCAGUACUCGGAUAUAGAGAUGAUUCCGAUUCAGAAUUCAAGCUACACCAGCCUGAAAGACAUACUUCCGGUGUCGCCAACGUCGACCAGAUCGCCAGUGACAAUCCGGAUGGACAGCUGGAAGGAGAUUCCAAUUAAGAAUCCUUUAGUGAAGCAUGCGGCGUGGGCGUACCUUCAGCCCAUGGCGAUGGCGGUGCUUGAUGACGACGACGGAAGAUUUUUUGUGCGGAAAAUGAUGGACAAGUGCCGAGGAUUGAUUGGGUGCUUUUACGGCGUCGUUUUAUGGUUGUCAAGAGCUUACUUUCCGAGCAACAGCAGAGCCAAAGUACAAAACAAAUGA